GCGAGCCGGAACUACAUUUCCCAAGGGGCCUGGCGGCGGCGGCGGCGGCGGACGACAGACGACGGACGACGGUGCGAAGCGACGUCCCCCGGAAGUGGAGCCCCGGGACUUCCACUCGUGCGUGAGGGCGAGCGGAGCCGGAGACGAGAAAGAGAGAGAGGGAGAGAGAGGGAGAGAGAGAGAGGGAGAGAGAGAGCGCGCGCGAGCGAGCGAGCGAGCAGAGAGGCCGAAGUCGGAUCUGACAAGAUGGCCGGGCUGCCCCGCAGGAUCAUCAAGGAAACCCAGCGUUUGCUGGCCGAACCUGUUCCUGGUAUUAAAGCAGAACCAGAUGAGAGCAACGCCCGCUAUUUUCAUGUGGUCAUUGCUGGCCCUCAGGAUUCCCCCUUUGAGGGAGGGACUUUUAAACUUGAACUAUUUCUUCCGGAAGAAUACCCAAUGGCAGCCCCUAAAGUACGUUUCAUGACCAAAAUUUAUCAUCCUAAUGUAGACAAGUUGGGAAGAAUAUGUUUAGAUAUUUUGAAAGAUAAAUGGUCCCCAGCACUGCAGAUCCGCACAGUUCUGCUAUCGAUCCAGGCUUUGUUAAGUGCUCCCAACCCAGACGAUCCACUAGCAAAUGACGUAGCGGAGCAGUGGAAGACGAACGAAGCCCAAGCCAUAGAGACAGCUAGAGCAUGGACUAGGCUAUAUGCCAUGAAUAAUAUUUAAAUGGAUCUGAUCAUCACAUGUGCAUCACUUCUCCUGUUCUGCCAAGACUUCUUCGGUUUUUUUUUUUUUUUUUUUUUUUUUUUUUUUUUUGCAUUUAAUGGACAGUCUUAGACACAUUACAAAAUAAAAAAAAGCCCAGAUAUCUUCAGUCCUUUGGUGAUUAAAUACACAUUAGCAAAUCUGUGUCUUGUCCUGAUUCACUGUUAAGCAUGAACAGAGGCUAGAAGCAUCACCUGGAUUGUUGCGAAACGUUUAAGAGCAGUGGUCCCUCUCUGCUUUUACUCAUUUCCCCAUCAUGGUUUAAGUAUAAGGCACUGUGAAUGAAGGUAGUCGUCAGGGUUAGCUGCAGGGGGUGUUUUUUUAUUUUUAUUUUUUCCUUUGAGGAGGGAUGUUUUAUAUUUUACAGGCUCCUUCCUCCUACUUUAUGGUAAUCUAAUUGCAUUGGUUAAAGCAGCUACCCAGUUCUUUAGAAUAUGCUCUCUAGCCAAGUCUAACUUUUCUUUAGACACUGUAGAUGGACAAGCUUUAUUGUUUGAACCAAAAUGGGAACAUUAAGCAAACAUCACAGCCCUCACUAAUAACAUUGUGACUUUGCUGUCAAGUGUAGAAUCCUCCCUUCAAGAAAAAGCUUGUGACCAUUUUGUAUGGCUUGUCUGGGAACUUCUGUAAAUCCUUUAAGUUUUAGUAAAAUAUUUUUUGUUAUUCUA